AUGAAACCAUUGGCUAGCUUGGCAAACGUAAAAGUGUCGCCUACGCAGGUGUUUCCAAACGGAGAUCAUGCAACUUCAUAUGAUGAAGGCGAAACUCCUGAACAUGCUACAGAUCUUCUAGAACCGGUACCGGAACAGGAAUCUAGUUCUAACAGUGUGGAAUUAUCCCAGGCGAAACCUGCGGAACUGAAUGACUCCGCCGAGUCUGCUAAACUGGGAACUGGGCUCUUAACGCGGAAUCGUCGAUCAGUUGUCAAACCUCGUGUUAUGAUUGUAAAAGAUCGCACCGCUGAAGAGGGAGCAUCUAAGGACCCAGUCUUGAAUCAGUUCGCUUCAGUUAGCAAAGAAUCCAAAUUGUUUGCGGAGGAAAAGGUCAAUUUGAAAGCUCAGGAGAAUCCAGUUAGUACUGAAGAAGUUGGCGAUGUACCUCAGGCAGUUGUUGCCAGUGAGUUGUCUGAAACUGGCGAAAAACCUCCGGUGCUACUGAGACGUGGCCGACGUCCUUUAAUUAAGCCUUUGUUGCCGAAAACAGAAGCAGGCACUAAACAAACUGGUAAAAGUAAAGAAAUAAGCGUCGAAGGUGUUGGUUCCGCUGAAGAGAAACCACUCAUCAAUAUCGACUCGUCUGAAAUGAAAUCGCCAACUUCUCUAGCGGAAGAAGUGGGUGUCUCACCACCUAGAAAGAGGCCAUGCUUGAGAUCUCCUGAACGUGAUGAAACACCGGAAUUAACUCGUCCUCGACCAAGAAUAAGUGCUCGGCUGUCCCGUGGGUCGGCAAAACGAUAG